GCUGAACCUCCCUCUCACGUCACCAGCAGCUGCUGCAGCAACUCAUGAAAAACUUCCCAAACUUCCAGACUGUGAACAGGAGAGGAGCAAAGUAUGAAGCUGGGAGCAGAGAUUGCUGGGUGAAAGCUGCCGAGAGGGACUGUCCGGGACUUACUGCCUAACUGCAAGAACUGAACAUCUAAUGCAUACUGACUGCAGGAACUGAGAACCUACUGCACACUGAAUGCCAGAACUGAGCACCUACUGCAUACUGACUGCAGGAACUAAGCAUCUACUGCAUACUAACUGCAGUAACUGAGCAUCUUCUGCAUACUAACUGAAGGUACUGAGUAUCUACUGCAUACUGACUGCAGGAACUAAUCAUCUACUGCAUACUGACUGCAGGAACUAAGAAUCUACUGCAUACUGACUGCAGGAACUGAGCACCUACUGCAUACUAACUGAAGGUACUGAGUAUCUACUGCAUACUGACUGCAGGAACUGAGCACCUACUGCACACUGACUGCAGGAACUAAGAAUCUACUGCAUACUGACUGCAGGAACUAAGACUCUUCUGCAUACUGACUGCAGGAACUGAGCACCUACUGCAUACUGACUGCAGGAACUAAGAAUCUACUGCAUACUGACUGCAGGAACUGAGCACCUACUGCAUACUGACUGCAGGAACUAAUCAUCUACUGCAUACUGACUGCAGGAACUGAGCAUCUUCUGUAUACUAACUGAAGGAACUGAGUAUCCACUGUGCAUACUGACUGCAGUAACUAAGCAUCUACUGCAUACUAACUGAAGGAACUGAGCAUCUACUGCAUACUGACUGCAGGAACUGAACACCUACUGCAUUCUGAUUUCAGGAACGAGGCACCUACCCACCACUGACCGCCAGAACUGAGCUCCUACUGCAUACUGAGUGCAGGAACUGAGCAUCUACUACAUACUGACUGGAGGAACUGAGCAUCUACCGCAUACAGACUGCAGGAACUGAGCAUCUACUGCAUACUCAGUGCAGUAACUAGGUACCUACCCCACACUGACUACCAGAACUGAGCUCCUACUGCAUACUGAGUGCAGGAACUGAGCAUCUACUACAUACUGACUGGAGGAACUGACCACCUACUAUAUAUUGACUGCACAAACUGAGCAUCUACCAAACACUGAAUGCCAGAACUUAGACACCUACUCUAAAUACUGAGCACCUACCCAAGACUAACUGCAGUAACUGAGCAACUACUGCACUAACCGCAGGAGCUGAUCACCUACUACUUACUAACUACAGAAACUGAGUGCCUACUGCACUGACUGCAAGAUCUAAAACAUCUCAAACAUACUGACCACAGGUAUCUAAAACAGACUCCUGUCCACACGAACGGAGAAUAGUCUAUAUCCGCCAGACAGCAGAAAAACAAUACCCUGUACCAGGAAGGUGUGACUGAUCACUGGGGUCUGUGAAACAAGAAAUAAAUAACCUCAUUCCAGGAACAGAGGCCACCUACCGGCCCCAAAAAUCAGCAAGGGGCAGAUAUACCAAAUAUUAAGGACAAGCUGUUGUGAUCACAAUCUAAUUGCAUGAAGCGGUCCCUGACCAGUGGCCACCUAGAUCUACCACUGCUGGGAUUCUCUAUACACCAUCCCGGGAUCAGCACUCAGGCUGCUACGACUGACCACCAUUUACCCAGAGACAGCUUUGGUGUCAGACUGUCACCCUAUCAUCACCAUCUACACUGGACCCCAGCGCUUGUAACAUGUUGCAUUACAGCUGUGACGACAGUCGAUAGCAGUACCGGUGACAUCAUACCACUACCUCCCCUCUCAUCUCUGAAUCAUCACCGGAGCUCUGGUGCAGCACCAUGCUAGCCCGAAAGAGCAUCAUACCAGAGGAAUAUGUCCUGGCCAGGAUUGCCGCUGAGAACCUGCGCAAACCACGACUUCACGACCGGCAGCGCAAGGCUCGCUUUGUUGCCAAGAACGGGGCCUGUAAUGUGGCACACAAGAAUAUCCGAGAACAGGGCCGCUUCCUACAGGAUGUCUUCACCACCCUAGUGGACCUCAAGUGGCGCCACACAUUGGUCAUCUUCACCAUGUCCUUCCUCUGCAGCUGGCUGCUGUUCGCCAUGAUGUGGUGGCUAGUGGCAUUUGGACACGGGGACAUGGACAUCCUGGAGAACCAUAAGGAGUGGGAGCCCUGUGUGUCCAAUGUCAGGUCAUUCACAGCGGCAUUCCUCUUCUCCAUAGAGGUCCAAGUGACGAUCGGAUUCGGCGGGAGGAUGAUGACUGAGCAGUGCCCUUUGGCCAUCACUGUCCUCAUCAUGCAGAACAUUGUGGGCCUAAUCGUGAAUGCCGUCAUGCUUGGCUGCAUCUUCAUGAAGACAGCACAAUCCCACCGACGGGCAGAGACUCUGAUCUUUAGUCGCCACGCGGUCAUAGCUGUCAGGAACGGCCGUCUAUGCCUAAUGCUUCGGGUUGGGGAUUUGCGGAAAAGUAUGAUCAUUAGUGCCUCGGUGAGGAUUCAGGUCGUACGGAAAACAGUCACGCCAGAAGGAGAGGUGAUCCCCAUCCACCAAAUUGACAUCCCAGUGGACAAUGCAAUUGACAGUAACAACAUCUUUCUAGUGUCCCCACUGAUUAUCUGCCACAUCAUAGACAAGAGAAGCCCCCUCUAUGACAUCUCAGCAUCUGAUCUUCCUAGCCAAGAUCUGGAGGUAAUCGUCAUCCUGGAGGGUGUUGUAGAGACAACUGGGAUCACUACUCAGGCCCGGACCUCCUACAUCCCAGAGGAAAUCCUGUGGGGUCACCGCUUUGUGUCCAUUGUUUCAGAGGAAGAAGGUGUGUAUUCAGUGGACUACUCCAAGUUUGGCAACACAGCAAAAGUGGCCACUCCUAGGUGCAGUGCCCGAGAACUGGACGAGAAGCCUUCCAUCCUCAUUCAAACACUUCAGAAAAGCGAGCUGUCCCAUCAAAACUCACUGCGGAAACGCAAUUCCAUGAGGAGGAACAAUUCCAUGCGGAGGACCAAUUCUAUGAGAAGGAACAACUCUGGACUCAUCAUGCCAAAGGUCCAGUUUAUGACACCAGAACAGAACACAUUGGAUACAUGACAGGGACAUUGCAGCAACUUAGUCUUCUUUCCAAUUGUAGAGGUUUACGUACAAUAUUUAUUGCUUUGUAUACAACACGUUCCUGUUCUCCUAGAAUUUGCCGUUUUUUACUCCUUGAGCACCUUUAAUAAAAUUAUUAAUCCUGAAUUCUA